AUGGUUACCGGGCAGUCUCUGGUUCUCUAUUCCCGUCUGCAUCUGGUUCUCCAUAAUCAGCUAUGUUUAAGGCUAGUCCUGGUCAUGAUUAUUACUACCGCCUUCAUCUUGCACGUUCCCAGCAUCGUCUUGCUAUACUAUAGCCAAGCAGAGCCAGGCAGAGAGCCAAAUAUGAUGUGGCCUUGGAUCCUCUACGAAAACAUCCAAGCCACGGGCUUCUGCAUCCAGGACCUCGUUAUCUCAGGACUCUAUAUCAAGAAUUUAUUUUCGAUUUUCUCUUUGCAAGGAUGUCUGUACCCUCACAAGAUUCGCGGGAUGCGCCGCCAUUUACUUUUGGUCAACAUCAUGCUUAUCUUACUUGAUAUACUCGCCAUUCUCGUUGGGUACGCCGCCCUUCACACCUACGAGAAAAGCGGCCUUUACUGGAGGUUCGACGUACUCUAUAGCAUUGGGGCUGCCUUUAGGGGCUUCGUCUACAGCGUCAAGCUCAAGGUAGAGUUCAGCAUCCUGAACAGUCUCGUAGACCUAACCAGAGACCCAAUCAACUAA